UUUCCUGUGCUCAGCAGAGUUUGACUGAUAAAGCCACAUGACCUUUGCACUUUGAUAAUGAGGGCUGGUUGCCAGCCAGGAACUGUGUCCCGGAGAGUCAGAAGAGCUGGAGAUGUUGUACCCGGAGCCAAUGGUUUGUGCAAGCUCUGAGUGGGUGUGGUGGACGUGGAACAUGCUAUAAGGAAGCAUUAGGGAGCCGAUCAAACAAUGCAAACUGGAGCAGAGGGAAGAGAAGCGAUAUGGGAGAGCUUAGCAUCCACUCCGUUCUGGUGACUGGGGCCAACCGGGGAAUCGGCCUGGGGUUUGUCCAGCAGUUCCUGCAGAUGCCAAAGCCACCUGAGUGGGUCUUUGCAGCUUGUCGGGACCCCAAGGGACAGCGAGCACAGGAGUUACAGAAUCUGGCCUCCAGGCACCCCAACCUGGUGAUCAUCCAACUCGAUGUCGCUGACCCCAGCAGCAUCAAGGCAGCUGCAGCCAGAGUGGAGGAACAGCUGGGGGGCUCAGGGCUGAACCUCCUCAUCAACAAUGCUGGGAUUGCCAGGAUAACCACGCUUGAUGGCGAGACGCUGGAGGACAUGAUCCAGGUUUACACCACCAACACCGCUGGGCCGCUGCUGCUGGGCCAGGCGUUCCUGCCCUUGCUGAAGAAGGCUGCCCAGGGGAGCCCGGGCUCAGCGCUGAGCUGCAGCAAGGCGGCCAUCGUCAACAUGUCCAGCUCUGCAGGCUCCAUUGAGGAAGUCUAUGUAUGGAAUCUGGGACAAGUUGUCUCCUAUCGCUGCAGCAAGGCUGCUCUGAACAUGCUGACCAAGUGCCAGUCCCUGGGGUACCGGGAACAUGGCAUCCUCUGCGUCGCUCUCCACCCUGGCUGGGUGAAAACGGACAUGGGGGGCCCAGGAUCACAAAUAACGGUGGAGGAAAGCGUGAAAGCGAUGCUGAAGCUGCUCUCCUCCCUCUCUGAGAAGGACACCGGGACCUUCUUGAACUGGGAGGGGAAGGUUAUGCCCUGGUGAGAUGUCAACCCAAGAUCCUGACAGAAGGUCCCUUUGCUGCUGCACCGAGUUAUGCCUGUGUCUUAAUAAAUAAAUUUGUGUCAGUAAA